GUUAUAUGCACCGCACAUAGAUUCUAACUGAGAAAAACUUGUCUAAGCUAAAUAAGUGAAAUUCAGUCGUUGUGUUUAAUGAUUAAAUUAUCAAAGAUGGAAAUAAACUACACUGAAAAAAAUGGUCUUGCAAGUACAGUAAAAAUUUUCUGGGUGCAAAAAAUUAACUGAGGUAGAUAAAUGAUUAGCCAAUCUGUGAUAUCGCAUAUGUCUUACACUUAAUCAAUCUAAAUGACAGAGACAGAAUUUAUAUCUGAACUGUUAGUAAAAUGUAGAAAGACAGUUUUUCUGUAGCGCCUAUCCAUGUUAAGCACAAUCAAACCUGUUAGAAAGUUCGACUAUGGUACACAGAAAAGAUUAGCUGCAAGCGAGACAAAUGAAUAUAUGAUUCUCACACAAACAGUUCGUGUAACGCGCCCACUCCGUCUAGUUCUUUUUAAGAAUCUUUCGUGCUCAACUGUUUCACGUGCAUGAUGCAAGACUGUGCCGGAUCUUGCAAGAGUGUUCGCGCGCAGUGAGCAGUGUUGGUGUUCGGCUGGCAGUGCAUUGCAGUAAAUAUCGGAAUACAGCCUGCAUUCGAGGGAGAACUCGACGGCCGGGUAGCGGAGACGACGACGACGACGACGGUGGACAACGGCGAGCCGUUAUAAUCAUGUCACAUGAGAUUAUUGAACUGACGAUUCAGGACUUACUAAAAGAUUGGAAUCUCGAUCAAUACGUAUCGGCGUUUGAAAGUAAUUGUAUAGACGUUGGUGAACUUCAACUUCUAUUACAACCUGAAUGGAAGGAUAUAUUAAAUGAUCUCAUUCCAGUCCCUGGCCAUAGAAUGAGAUUUGUCAAAAAUUUAAAAGAAUUGAUGAAGGAGAGCAAAUUUGUAUCAAUAGAGAAUGAUAAUAAUGAUCUUCAAAAAUUACAUAAUAAAGAUAUAAAUGAGAUUACUAUUUCUCUUUCACCUCAACCAGGUACUUCGAGAGAUCCUUCUAAUUUAUUAUCAGAAAAUAUUCAGAAAACGCCAAAAAAUAUUUCUUCAACACAGAAUACUUCAAAUUUAUCAUUAGAAGAUAGUCAGGAAACGUCAAAAAAUAUCUCUUCACAAAAGAGGAGUCGACAGAGUAAUGAACCGAAUGUGAAACGAGGUGAAGAACUUCGACUUCUUUUAAAUAAAACAGCUACGGGUAGAUGUAUAUUGCAACUGGCGAAGCAAGGUCCUUGUUUGAAGCAUGAUAAGGAUAGAAACAAAUUAACAGAAAUUAUUAUUGAAGAUGAAUUAAGCAAAUGUGAAAAGAUUUCAACUGCAGGCUUCGCUGAACUUGUAAGUGCCAUACAACAUAUAUUUCCUGAAGAAGAUAGUGAGCUUUAUUUCAUUCCAUACAAAUAUUCAAAUGGAAUGAAAUUUGUGGCCAAAGGUAAAUUAAUUACUAAGUACUAUUCUAUUCGGAAAGAUUUCAAAGAGCUUGGCAUUAUUACUCGAAACAAGGAUCAGUUAGACUCAGAUUCUUUAGAUGAUUCAGAAGAUGAUGAUGUACAAGGAAAGCUAAACUUUCUUGAAGAGAACAUAGAGCCUUGGUCAACAGUAGUACAGUAUUGGAUGGAUACUUCUAAAGAAUUGCAAAAUUGCAAAAUUACAUGCCCAAUCUCGAGUUACAAACAGAAAUAAAGACAAAGACAAUAACAAGAGAAAUGUUAAAAGCAAGCAAAAAAGCACAACAAUUCCAGAAACCACACAAAUUUCAACUUAUACAAACAAAUUCCCCGCUCUCAAGGAAAACCUUGGAUACACUUUGUUUGAAAUAGAUUUUGAUUUGCUGUAUCCUGAACAAAAACUUAAGGCUUACAACUCUUAUAAAGAUUUUUGUGAUCGUAUUAUACAAGCUCUCACAAACGAAGAAAGUAAAUGCGAGGCC